AUGGUAGUGACGGCCGGGGCGGACGCGUAUCUGAAGAUCUUGGAGUACGGAGUCAAGAAGACGCAGCUUCGAAUAGACCGGCUCCUACUUCAAGCCUUUAUGGCAGGAGUAUUUGUGGCGAUGGCUGGCCACUGCUGCACGGUCCUGGCCGGUUCUUACCCGACGGAUCCUAGUGAUCCUGUGGCUGUUGCGAAACCGACCCAGAAAUUCAUCUAUGGAGCUCUGUUCCCGGUCGCCUUCAUCUGCAUCAUUCUUACUGGGGCAGAGCUCUUUACCGGCAACACGAUGACUAUGCUUAUAUGUUACUUCCAAAAACGGGUGACCAUUCUUCAGCUAGGAGUGAACUGGUUAGGGAGUUUGGUUGUCUGGGCAGUCAUCGCAUCCGAAAACGUCGCCGGCAAAGUCCUCGUAAUGUGGUUCCCCAUAGUCGCUUUCUGCGUGGGCGGCUACGAGCAUAUUAUUGCAAAUAUGUAUACCCUACAGGCAGGGCUGAUGGCGGGGGCUCCGAUUGAGAUCUCGGACGUAAUUGCUUUCAAUUUCUUGCCUACCCUUCUGGGUAAUAUUGUUGGCGGGUGUCUGCUGGUAGGCGCCGUGUACGCCUACAACUUCUAUCCGACUCUGAGCUACACCGAAACUACUGGUGCGAAAGUCUACGUCCAAGAUAUCGGGCCACUGCUGGACCGGCGCUCUUCUUUCCAGGUUUCUGUGACGGAGCGAGAAGCGGACGGUCAGUUGGUUACAGAAUACGAAGCAGUACCUCUCGAGUCAUUUGGAGGGGAGUAUAUCGUCAAUAAGCACGCCACGACGGCUGGUCCUGCUCCUUCGCGAGCAUCCUCUUUCCUGUACCCCUUCCAACGACAACGACAUCCCUCUCAGGCAAGCUACCUCAGCACGCAGGCUCGUCCGGAUCCUUCUAACCGUUCAGCUGAACCUCCUGUAGACGGUGUCGAAAGCACCCCGCAAGCUCAGACUGCUGACACCGUGGCACAGCAAGUUUGA